AUGAGCGGCAAUCGCUUGUCAGAUAUUCUAGAUACACAAAUUAUUCAUGAAGGAGGAGUUGAAGAUGCUGAGGUGGUUGCAAGACUUGCACAAGCAUGCUUAAGCUUAAAAGGGGAAGAAAGACCUACAAUGAGGCAAGUGGAGACAACACUUGAAGAUGUGCAUAACUCAAAGGUCAAGCUCAGUUCUCAGAUAACAAGAGUGAAUCAGAGUGCUAUGAAAGAUCAGCCAUGGAUGGGGAACAAAGGCGGUGAAGGAACUAGGUUAUACAGCUUGGAAAAGGAGAUUAUCCAAUCAUCCGAAAUUCCUAGAUGA